UGGAAACAAGGAGCUCCUUCAGUCCUUGGUUGGAAAGAAGUCGACAACGAGUGUGAAGAAUUUUACAUUAUGUUUCAAUCUACGCUACGUCAGAGUAUUCAACGUACUUCGUUAUUUCGGUUCAACCUAUGUUUUAAUAAUCUUACAAGAAAUGUCAUUGGCUUUGGUAGUGGUCAGAGUCAGAUUGAAACCCGGCGACAGCGACAGCGUCAGCAAUUAUUUAGUAAACAAACCCAUAUCAACAGUCACACUCAAAGGCGAACAACAAGCAGAACACAAAUCGAACCGAUUUUGCUAAAAGCUAGAGCAGGAGCUGGACGAACAGUGAGGCUUUCGCUACUCAAAUACAGUGAUGAAACGGAUCCGAUACGCAUUGGAUGGGUAGUGCGUCUUGCUAACGAAAAUGGCUAUCUAAGUUGGUGCAGGAACAGCUUUCUCUUAACAGUAGUAGGUGUAGCAGCCUGGGUACAUGAAUAUGUCUACUUUGCCAAAGAAGUUGCAAUAGGGAUGUUCCUGCUGGCAGGAAUUAACCUAUGUGUUGGAACAGGAAUCUUCUUCUAUCACAAUAUUGUUCUCUACCGCAUAAUGCAUAUGAGUGGGCCAUUUCUCCUGCUGUACAUCGCUAUAGGACUUACCAACUUAUCGCUGUGGGCAUCUGCCAUUGCCCUUUACACCCGCUGGUUGACAGCAGACAUGCCAAAGAGUGCCAAUGCUUCCGAACCUAAAGUCUGUUAAAGUUUAUAUUCCCACUGCAAUGAUGUGUUUAACCACACGUUAUUGCCAGGCACCGUGUUGGCUGUGAAUGAAAUUUCACUCUGUUUGUUGCAUGGUGAGAGAUAAGUAUUAUUACUGAAAUCUGUAAAUAGUCUGCUUACUUAGCCUUAUGAGUUUGUAUUCUCAUUGUCCUACUAUCCAAGUUCAGAAUUACUUUUUGCAUGGGACACUUGACAGAGUUGUCGUGAUUGUGUGGCGUGUGUUGUUUAUGAAGGUAGUUUUUCUCCUUGUCGUGAGAUAAGGGUUUACACUUUAUACUAUAGUGCCAACGUGGUCCAUAUCUUAGCACAUAUGAAGAACACGAGAGAAAGUAUACCUAUAAUUUUUAAUAAUAAGCCUGCAUGUGAUAUCAGCCAAUUGUGUUUGCAACACAGAUGCUAACUAUGUAUACAUUUGUGUAAGAAUGUCAAUGUUUAUAUGCAAUCGGCAACAUUUUGAUUUACAGACGUGAACAAAGCUAAUUAUAGAAAAUUAUAAUUUAUAUAAUAUUAUAAUUAUAUUAUAUAAAUUAUAUUUGUAGCUUUAAGAAGUAACGUUACUGUAUAGUCUUCUCGUGCCUGUUGCUGAUUUUUGAAGUGAAAGCGAUGUGGCUAUGAAUUGCUUCCCGGUUUAUUGAAAUAUUUUAUAAUGGUUACAAUUUUAUAACUGGUUAUCCAGUUUGACUAAAUAUUUCUAUACGAGAAUUGUAUUUGGAUGUGUAGCUACACAUUUUGUUCAAUUUUAUUUUCGAUUAGCAGAAAACCGAGUUACGAGUUUCAAUAAAUGCAUAUCUUUUCCAUGUA